UGCGUUUGCAUCGCGGCAUCGGGUGCUCAAUACUCACUACUCAGGACUCACUGGUAACAUAAACUAGGGUUUUUUCCUCUCAUCUUCGUUCCAACCUGCGUUGCCCAGAUCAAAUCCAGAAAUCUUUUGUUCCCUGCAAUGGUCGGAAGCCUUGAAAUCGGAGCUGUAUCUUUCAAUCCAGAUGGAUGGGGUCCGCCUGACGCCACCGCGUCCUCCGCCAGCAAUCUCCCGGCGAAUGUACCCUACGCUCCAUUCUCUCGUUCAGACAAACUUGGUCGAAUAGCUGACUGGACCCGCAACUUCAACAACCCUACACGAAUCAAGAACCCGGCUGACGCCGCAUUCGACUUCACCAUCGACGAUUCCUUCCCUGCCUCCGCUGAUGAUGAUGCCUCCUUCCGCCUUGUCGACGGAAAGCCCCCACCGCGACCUAGGUUUGGCCCCAAAUGGCGGUUCCAGCAGCAACGCCAGCUCCCUCAACGCCGUGACGAGGAGGUGGAGGCCCGAAAACGUGAGGCUGAGAAGGAGAGGGCACGCCGCGACCGUCUCUACCAUCUCAAUAGAUCCAAUGCAAAUAAUACACGUCGUGAAGCCGCGGUCUUCAAAUCUUCUGUGGAUAUUCAGCCUGAGUGGAACAUGCUGGACCAGAUACCAUUUUCAACUUUUUCAAAGCUUUCAUUCGCUGUUCCUGAACCCGAAGACCUUCUUCUCUGUGGGGGCCUUGAGUAUUAUGACAGGUCUUAUGAUAGAAUUACUCCCAAGAACGAACGUCGUCUCGAGAGGUUUAAGAAUAGGAACUUUUUCAAAGUCACUACCACUGACGACCCAGUGAUCCGAAGGCUUGCUAACGAGGACAAAGCGACAGUUUUCGCCACCGAUACUAUUCUUUCAUCUCUCAUGUGUGCGCCCAGGUCUGUCUACUCAUGGGAUAUUGUUAUUCAGCGUGUUGGGAACAAGUUGUUUUUUGACAAGAGGGAUGGGUCACAGUUGGAUUUGCUGUCCGUCCACGAGACCUCGCAGGAGCCGUUGCCUGAGGCUAAGGAGGAUAUUAACUCGGCCCAUUCAUUGAGUGUCGAGGCAGCGUAUAUUAAUCAGAAUUUCUCGCAACAAGUUUUAAUUAGAGAUGGGAAUAAGGUGGCUUUUGAUGAGCCUAAUCCUUUUGCAAAUGACGGUGAGGAGGUUGCUUCGGUGGCAUAUAGGUAUAGGAGGUGGAAGCUUGAUGAUGAUAUGUAUCUCGUUGCGAGGUGUGAAGUUCAGAGUGUUGUUGAUAUGAACAAUCAGAGGUCCUUCCUUACUUUGAAUGCAUUGAAUGAAUUUGAUCCCAAAUAUUCUGGCGUUGAAUGGAGACAAAAGUUGGAGACACAAAGGGGUGCUGUCUUGGCUACGGAGUUGAAGAAUAACGCAAAUAAGUUGGCUAAAUGGACUGCCCAAGCUCUGUUGGCAAGUGCAGAUAUGAUGAAGUUGGGUUACGUUUCUAGGGUUCAUCCUCGUGAUCAUUUCAAUCAUGUGAUUUUGGCUGUAAAUGGUUAUAAACCCAGAGAUUUUGCGACUCAAAUUAAUUUGAACACGUCUAAUAUGUGGGGAAUUGUGAAGUCUAUUGUGGACUUGUGCAUGAAAUUGAAUGAGGGGAAGUAUGUUUUAGUGAAGGAUCCAUCUAAGCCCCAGGUUAGGAUCUAUGAGGUUCCAGUGGAUGCAUUUGAGAAUGACUAUGUGGAGGAGCCACUGCCUGAGGAGGAACAAGUUCAACCUCCAACGGAGGGUGGUGAUGGUGGGGAGGCGACUACUACAACUAAUGAUGUGGAAGAUAAGCAGAUUGGUGGUCAAGCUUAAAUAGUAAGUGGUUGCAGGUCAAGCAUUUUAUGUGACUCGGGACAUUCGCCUGAAAGCAGAAUGCGCUCACAACUGAUUGGUUUGCCGUCUCUGGCUCUCUGGAUUUGUUGUACGGUAGACUUCACUUGGACCAAAAAUUUUGAAAAGGCCUUGGCUUGAGUUUUUUAUUUUUUGUAAUUUAAAUCUUAGAGAUGCUACAACUAUUUACGGUUUAUGGGCAUUCAGGAGCAUGUUUGAGUGUAAUAAUAACGCUUAAUGCCUCAUUCAUAUGUCGUCCAAACUAUUCAUCUGCAUUGUCGACCUCAACGUGUGAUAGGGCUGUCCUCAUUCACUCUAUUGGAUAUAGUUUAUAUUCGCGAGAUAAUCCGCAAUAUUGCUUA